ACAGCUUUCUUUCCUGUGUUUUUCGAUCUCUUCAGGCUGUUUUCCGUUGACCAGUAAAGAGCCGGCAGAGAGAGGAACAGUAGAGAAGGCGAGCACGGGCGGAGAGGAUAAUUGCGUUUCUGGCUGCCCUGUGGGAACAUGGGAUAUAUGACCUCAUCAUUCACCUGCGAGGCUCUCCAGUAAACAACUCCAAAUAGAAGGAUGACGGAAGCAGUUGUAGAAAGUGCAGAUGUCCUCCUAAAACCCUGUGACGUGACAUCGUGUGAUGUCAUCAGCUGCCCCUCCCCUUCGCCAUGUCCAUCCGUCUGCAAACAAAAGGAGGACGAGGAGUAUCACCAUGACAGUAAGAAGCUGGAGCAGCAGAAACACUGUAACCAGGUGCAACCAAAGAAAAAAGUUAAGGCCAAAGGAAGGUUAGUGCGGAGUAUGGCCGUCUGCGAGGAGUCCUCACCAUUUGAAGAAACCCAGGCAUCUCCGGAUGCAAACAUCUCAUCUAGCUGCCAUGACAACGAGAUAACUUCCUGUAAGGAGGAAGAACAGGAGAAGAGCACAGAUCCAAAGAAACAUUCACUGUCCAAAGAGUCCAGCGUGGAGUACACCGACUCCACCGGCAUAGACCUGCACCAGUUUAUCGUCGACACCCUCAACAGCAACCCCAGAGACCGCAUGAUGCUGCUUAAACUGGAGCAGGACAUGAUCGACUUCAUCACCAGCGAUAGUUCCUUUAAGAAGUUCCCUCACAUGUCGUCCUACCACCGUAUGCUGGUCCAUCGGGUGGCGGCCUACUUUGGCAUGGAGCACAAUGUAGACCAGACAGGCAAGUCUGUCAUCAUCAACAGGACCAGUGGCACACGCAUACCGGAGCAGCGUUUCCUGGAUGAGGUGCAUAAGGACAAGACAGAAGAGAUCCACCGGUGGAAAAUCAUUUUGAAGAGAGACAACAGCUCAGAUGACCAGACCCGACUUCAUCCCUUACGAGAGAAGCAAAGCAAGUCAAUGGAGGAGAGAGAAGAGGAGUACCAACGAGUACGAGAUCGAAUCUUCAACCAAGAGCCACCAUGCACCCAGGAGAGUGCCCAUACAGAAACCAGGGCUGUGGAGGAGUACAAUCCAUAUGCUGAGACCCAGAGGAGAAGGCAGCUCUUCAGGGGUAGCCGUGACAGCUCAGGCUCCAGCUGGACAGGCAGCAGCAGGCAGAGUAGCACCGAGACUGACUAUCGCUAUGGCAACGACCCCCAGCCGUGGAGCAGCACAGACUCUGAUUCCUCCUACCAAUGGACAAGUCCCACCCCGAAACCCCGCCAACCUGCCAACCACAGCUGGGACGCACGCGGUUCAGGCUCCAUCUCUCUUUUCAGACUGCCAUCCACUUGUCCCCGCCCCUCUUCUCCUCCCAUCAUAGAUGAGCCGGCUCCUAACUCUGCCUACAUCAUGGAGAAUGGGAUCCCGCCGGGAAGCAUUUUAGUGAACCCACAUACUGGGCAGCCUUUCCUGAACCCCGAUGGGACCCCUGCUGUGUACAACCCUCCAGACAGUCAGCAGCCAAUCAGGAGCCAGACUCAGCUGCAGGGCUCUCCCUCUCAGCACCAACAGCAGCAGGUGCUUCAGUACUCACCUGUCUCUUACACAGCUCCACAGAUGUUGCCUGUCACUCCCUCACAGCCAUACUCCACAAUUGAAGAUCUCUCCUCGCAGUUGGUUCAUGUGAGCUGUCAGUCGACGGGUGAAGCCCCUCCCCUCUACCCUCCCAAUCAGGGUUACAUCUAUGCAGCUCCUCCUCCCCCUCCCAACCCCCCCAGCUACUGCCAGCCCUCACCUCAGGUGCCUAUGUAUUACUACGGCCAGUACCCUACCUCAGCUCAACACCAAUGCAGGCCUGUCUCCCCUAGCCAGCACGUCCACAGCCAAGCAGUGCAACCAGCAGCAGGUUACGUCCCUGCUGUGGCCGUGCAGCAGUCUUCACACACCCAGGCCCAGGCUGUGCUGGGAACCUACUCACCAAUGGCCUCUCAUCAGCGUAGCAUGGUUCAGCAGGGAGGUGUUUCAGUGUCCUAUCCCCAAAGUAAAGUUGUGACCGCGGUAGGUGGGGAGGCAGGUUACUGCUGCGUGGUGCCCCCACCCUCCCACCACGGCAGCUGCCAUCCUCCCAGCUGCACCAACCUCAGUGCCCCGGCCUGGAGCGCACAGUACUGAUGACGCCUCGGCGGAUGGAGUGAUGAUAACUUUAGUUCCUGCGUGAACUCACAUGCAUACACACACAUACUCAACACAAACACCUUUUUUCACACUCCUUC